CUUGUAGGUGUACAGUGUCAAAAGCACAGGUUUCUUACAGUAUGAUGAAAUCAGUCGUGUAUGUAGGUCAUGCAUGACCAUGAAAUACUGAAGGAGCCCUAUUGUUUCUUAUCUACAAUCUUAUCGAGCCAAGAUAGCACUUAUGCUCUGUAACCUUCUUCUGUAAUGAUUUCCAUACCUAGAUUGCCAGAAGAUUACUGCUAUCCUUUACUGCCUGAAGGAAAAUUAUUGAUAUUUUUUUAGUCUUAUCAUCUUGAGUUAUAGUGACCUUGAUCAACAUGCUGAAGAAAGCCAGUUUAGUACAUUUGGCAAAGAGUGCUGUGCCACCCAUCAUAAUGAUGGUGCUGGAGUCUGCUCUGGGCUGGUACCAAGGGCGCAUCAGCCUCUAUGAUAAACAGUCCUGGGAGACAACUGUGGAACAGCGCAUCCUUCAGGGGCUCUCCUACACGCCACGCAAGACUGCCAAUCCCAAGACAGAAUUCAUUGAUGUUGACUUAGUUAGAGGCUCCACUUUCCCCAAGGCCAAGCCACAUUCAGGGCUGUGGCUGGCAGGCCUGCAUGGCAUCGCUCGCAUUGCUCUGCUGCCACUGUAUCCCCGCUGGUGGGUGCGCGAGACGUCCUUCUGCGGAUUCCUGGUUGUGCUCUUCAUUUACUGCUCCAUUGUGUACUGCAGUGCUGUGGUGCUGGUCAACCGCAAUGAUGAACACCUCAUGAAGGAUCUGUCAGUGUCUGAAGCUGUCCUCCCAGCAGUGGCACUGGUUAUGUUGAGCAUCAUCCACUCUCAGAUAGUAUGUACCCGGCAUUCAGGAGGCCCCUCUUCCCCCAGCCACAGCGCCAGGUGUCUCAGCCUGCGGUGUGGCACAGGACGCAGGACAGCCAGACUUGUGAGGAGGAGUGUAGCCAUGUCAGGGAGAGGUAAAAAUGUUGUGUGUGAUUGCUGGAAGCGUGAUGUGGCCAAGCUAACAAGUGGCUUCAUCAAAAAAAGCACAACUCCUGUCAAGACCAGAUCUCUUAAGAACUUCAGAUCUCACUCUGAGGAGCCACGUGGGGAAGAGCCUCACCCACCACGGCCUCGCUCAGCAUCAGAAAACUGUGUGUCCCCAGCCUCCUCCUCCACCAGCCCAGAUGCGCAGCCACAGAUCAUCAUUUUCAAGGCUCGAGGAGAAGGUAGAAGGGAGGGUGAGGAGCAGGGGACCACUACCUCCUCCUCCUCUGACCGCAGCCCAGACAUCCACAGCGGUGGGCCUGAGGAUGGCAAGUUCUUCUCAGGCCUCUCUGCCAAAUCUUCACCCAAUCCAAGUUGCACCAGUCAGUCAGAGAACGAGGAUACCCAGACAGUCAUAUCUCCAUCUCAGCUUGCAACGGAGGGUGAUGAGGGUGACAGCGGACUGGAAGGAACAACAGAGACUGCCAGGGACGAAAGAACAGUAACAGAUAAACACCUGAAGCUUCCCCUGCCCAGUGUGAGACACAGAGGACACUGCAGGAAGGUCUGUGAGCAUGAUGAAAGUGGGGAGGGGGAGGAGGCACCAUAUGCUGAAAGGUGGAGGGGAAUGACGAGGUGCCACAACCAUCACCCACCACCAGUAUGCUCCUGUUGUGGUGCGAAGCUGACUGAGGCUAGUGUUGCCAGCCACCACCACCACCAUCACCACCAUAACCACCCCCACCACCAACCCCAUAACCACCACUGCUCCCCACAGAAGUUUCCUGUGUCUGUUGAGAGGAGUUCAUGUAACUCCUCGUGUGAGAGUGACGGUGAACAGAGCCCCACCUCCCAGUACUCCAAAAGCAAGCACUCAGAAUUUGAAUGGACUGGCAUCACCACAAACAGUGAUGACCUGAGUUACAGCAGUGACAGUGAGGGAGGCUGGGAUGACCAAGAGGAUGGGCCCCGCUCCUCACAGCCUCCUGGUUUCUUGCGACCCGAAACACUUGAUUGGAAUAUUCAGGGGUCCCCUGCUGCCAUCAUCACUGCCACCCCAAAUGUGUCUGUGAAAGUGAGCUGCAAGAUCUUCGAGGGAGUGGAAGUCAAGAAAGUAGACCUCUCUGUUCUGGACAUCUCCUCAGCUGUAAUUUCUAAGGUUGACAGCCUCCACCACACCACUGUCUAUCUCCAAUUUGGACUGACCAUGGCCAUAGUGAUUGCCUUGGUGCCCAGUUUGUGCCGGCUUAACUAUGGUGCAUUGGUGACCUUUCUUGAUGCAUUAGUCACACAGGAUUCCCACGAUUGGCCUCAUGCUCUCUCUCACGCCCUCAAGACCCUGCUCUCGGGCCUCUUUGGAAGCAGCGCCUGGGCAUCGUCAGUGAUCCUGCUCAGUUGCAUCAAUCGGUUCCUCCUUGCCGCUGGGUUUUUCUUCCUGCUCUCCGUGGCAGAACGCACCUUCAAGCAGCGGUUCCUCUAUGCCAAACACUUCUGCUACCUGACCUCCGCCCGGCGUGCCAGGAAGUACGACCUACCACACUUCCGCCUAAACAAGGUGCACAACAUCAAGACGUGGCUGUCUGUGCGCUCCUGUCUGAGGAAACGUGGACCUCAGAGGUCAGUAGAUGUGAUAGUGUCUGCCACCUUUGCCCUCACACUUCUGCUGGUCUGCUACUUGUGCUUUGAGCUGCUGAGGGAAGACGAGAAGCUCCAGAACUCCAUGUACAGCAUUGAACUCUUCCUGUGGUGCUUUGCAAUAGGCAUCUACCUGAUUCGUUUCAUGACGCUGGGUGCCAUGAUCAACAAGAAGUACUCCAGCCUGUCUGUCUUGAUCACAGAGCAGAUCAACAUGUACCUGCACAUGGAACAGAAGCCACAGAAGAAGGAUGAACUCACCCUGGCCAACAAUGUGCUCAAGCUGGUGUCUGUUUUACUCAAGGAGCUUGAAUCACCUUUCAAGAUCUCAGGACUGUCGGCUAAUCCACUUCUAUACAAUGUGACAAAGCUGGUGGUUCUCUCAGCAUGCUCUGGGGUCCUCUCAGAUCUCCUGGGAUUUAAGCUCAAACUACACAAGAUCAAAUUCAAGUAAACAAGGGGGAGGUGAAGGAAAAGAGUGAGAAUAGGGCAGCUAAGAGAGUUGUGCUGAAUGAGUCAGCUGAAGGCAGUGUGGACAUAUUUAAGACUUGCUGAAGGAUGUAAGGUCUUAUUGUGGCUUGAGUAAAGUAGUGUGUAAUUAGGAGUGGAGAUGAGGCAGUUGUAAGCAAUUUUUUAAUCAUUAAGGUACAUGGCUCAAGUGUGAGGGUUUGGGUGUGACCAGGGUAGCUGAGAUCUGCCUAAUAGUGAAUGGACUCAGGAAAUUUGAGGUGUAUUAAGUUUGUUGAUUUUUGUUGAGACUGAUAAUGUUUAUUUAUCCAAAUCUAUUUUCUUACUAAGUUUUAAGCAGUUGUGUGUUUUAUGUGAUCCUUGUAAUGUGUUUUAAAAGUUGUGAAGGAAUUGUGUUGUAAGAUAAUAUUUAUUGUAUGUAUGGAAAUUUCUCAAGUAAUUAUUCUGGAUUUGAUAAUUAUUUUAAAUAUUGAAUUGUAUUUUUGUGUUGUUUUCUUGAAAGUUUGUUAUUAUUUAUUGGUUUUUCACACUGCUCAUAAAUGCUCAUUGUUACAAGAGCUGUGAAGAGUUACUGGAGCCCUCAGAUCUAUGGUGAUUUAUUAUUAGUGUCAUCAUAUGAAGUAUUUGCACUUAUUGCCUGAAACAUUGGAAAUAAUAACAUACAUUAUUGUAGUCAUAAAGAAGUAUUAUUCUUUUUGGCUCUGAGCCUGGAGCAGAGCUUGCAAGAGUCUUUCAUAGGAGGUUAGUCUUGUUUAUGAUAUUAAUGUAACUAGUGUGGACAAGGAAUAAGUGACUGAAAGUGUACUUGUGAUGUGUAUCGGUUAAUGUUAUGUGAUAGCAGGAAUUGGACGUGGAAUGAGAGACAAAGACCAAGGACCCAAGCAAUUAAAGUGAGUUACUUGAGAAGUGCCUGUGGUGUGUGAAGAGUGGAUGAUGAUAAGCAAAAGUGUGUAGCUUUAACAUUAAAGGUAUGUCAAGUCAAGGGAUAACUUGUGGAAUGGUUGGGAUCAAGUGCAGGAUUCUUAAGUGGCCAUAUGGGAAGAACACCAGGAAUUGACAUGACAAAAAGAGUAUAUGUGAAUGUGGUAGAGAAUGCUCCCUAGUGAAGAUAGAGACAGAGUGCUAGAAGACACGAGGGAAAGGGGAGGAAAGCAAAUGAGAGGAUUAGAGUAUGUAAAGAAGAGUGAAAGGAAACUCAUCUUUCACAGUCAUCCCUUUGGAGGAGUUCCUAAGAAGUGUCUGAUAUAGAUGUAUACAUACUUUACAUGUUAAGUGAUCUUUUUGUUCAUGAAGGUGGUAAGUAUAUGUGAUGAUGUAAUGAGAAAGAUUUUGUCAUGAAAUGGCAUAAAUCAUUUUGUUCCAUAACCUAUUUUUAUUUAAUCUCAGUAAUGAAAUGUCAGAGAUAGGAUAAUAUUUUUGGAUUGUCAAGGUAAAAGUUCUCCAAAGGGGAUGUUUUACCUCUCUUUUUUUAUCCUGUAGUUUGAGCAAUAAUCUGUCAGCAUGAUAGUUAGAACAUUUCCAGUAAUGUGUGAGCACCAAAGCUCCUUUGCAGUUGUAUACAUGUAUUUUUUAUUCGUCCACAGUCUUGAUGAUUGUGUGCUAGGAUUGUGUUCACCAACUUUUACCUUCCAAGAGAGACCUUAAAACUUGUAUGAGUAUAGUCUGGUCUGUGGGUAAUGUUGAGACCCUUCACACAGACAUUAACUGCUCACUCAUCCAUAUAAUCUUUAGUGACCUAGGUGGGAUGCAACCCUCAGCUUGCUAAGUGGCAAGCAAGGAUAUUACCAAUGAGCUUGCAAGCAGUGUAAAUGUGUGCAUGUAUACUUACAUGUGUGUGUGUGUGUGAACAGUGAACACACACUGACUUGUCUUCACUUCUGAAGACCAGCAUCCCUAAUUAGCUUGUUUUACAUUAGUAUUUGGCUUCAGUCUACAAUCCUAAGCAGUACCUGACUGAGUCAAAGGAGUCAUAAGUGUAAACCUUUCCUGUGUUGUGAUGUCUCUAGAGUUAGUUGAUAGUGUUGGGAAUCCUUCUGUGAGCCAUGAUGACAGUGACAGCAAUCAAUGUGUUCAUUUGGUAGUCAUGUUAUGAAAGAUAUUAGUGGGUUUGUGAUGCAGCAGGUGUCGGGAAUGAUGAUUAAUGUAGUACUAAUUUACAAAAAAAAAAGAAAAACACAAAACAUAAAUGGACAGGAACUGCCAUAAUGUAUUUUGUGUUGAUAAUAACAGAACUCAUUAAGUUAACUGUAAGUACAUGUUCAUUAAGCAAAUGUUCUCAAGGAUCUCAUGACUUGAAUCUAAUUAAGAACAUGCACAUGGAAGCCGUAGGGAAGGACAUAAACACCCACGGUAGACGUGCUGUGUGUUGUUGCAAUCUUGUUGCAUAGUGCUUUUGGCUUCCUUGCAUCUAACUGUGACUGUAAAACAAUUUUUUUACUUACAUUAACUUAAGCUUAGAUACAUUUUCUCAUUAGGUUAAUGAAUGCUUCUUUGCUUACAGGUUUGUUCCCCUGCAGGCUCAGUGCUGUGGUGAAAUUAUUGCCUUAGUGUUGUGUAAUUUGUAACAUUGAUUUGAUCUUACUGCAUAAUGCCAUGUUUACUCUAGUCAGCUUCCUGCAUUUGAAUUACAGAUAUUUUGUUGACAUAACUUGUAAUGUUGGGUUUGUUAUGAGAUAUUGGUGAUUUUCAUCUUAUAGUACACUAAUCUUUGAUGACAGUGUAGCUAUGAUCCAUCAUGUCAAUUAUCUGUACUGAAGUUAAGUACUGUGCUUCAGUGUUCAUGUUCCAUUAGCUCUUUGUUGUUGUGUUAAGAUUCUUGUGGUUUGUCCAUUCUUAACAAUUUGUGUGAUAGAGCUGUGAAUUGAAUUUUAUGAAUUCAAUCCGUGUUACUUUUAUGCUCAUGUACUCUAUUUAUUUCUUAUGAAUUUUGAAUAAAAUUUUAUGGCAGUUA